UAGAAGAGAAGACAGCCAACAGCAAACAAUUAAUAUAUAGAUAUUAUGGCAGUGGCAUCAUGGAUGAGGCGGAAAAAACUAGCUAGCGCUGCUGCAACCGCUGCAAUAGGUUUGGGAAUUUAUUUUCACCGCCAACGCACAACAAACAUUGGCUAUUGCAUGGGUUGAUGAUUGCUGUUCAGUAAUUAGGCCUCUAUCUAACAAAGCCCAAGUACGCUGUCAAUAGUUUCGUCUCAUGAAGUAUGGGCUGGCCCAAUUAUCGACCGAUGCUGGAGCUGAAUACGACCGGCCGGCCGGGCGGGCGUGCGCGCCUAUGCGCAGCGGAAGAAGAUGAGGGUGAGCUCCGUGCGGGCGUCUCUGUCCUCCAGAUUGAAACCCAUUCUUCCAAAUCAACCCCUCAAGUUUUCCAAUAUUUCAUCUGCACCCACUCCGGUUAAGCUUCAGACUCCCCUCUUCCUCAACCCGGCAGAUUACAGGGCCACCUUAUCAGACCUCAAAAAAUGGCAUCUCUGGGCAAGAGGCUUAGCCUCCUCGGUUGGGACAAAAUUCUUGGACCUAGACAACGGCCCCGACUCGGCCCUCUUGCACAGGGAGCUCAACUGGCUCAUUGAGGAUUCGCUCGAGGAGUCCAUUGCACUUCUAUCGGAUAAUAGCGAUGAUAGCUUAGUGGUGCCAUUGAGGGCAUGUUUGGAUGAUCUCUAUAUGCUGUGGAAGCAAAGGAUUGAGGGGAGAAGGCCAUUCCAGUAUUUGGUUGGGUGUGAGCAUUGGAGGGAUUUGGUUUUGAGUGUUCAAGAAGGGGUUUUGAUUCCAAGGCCUGAGACUGAGCUGAUUGUGGACUUUGUCAGUGAUGUGACAAAAGAGAACGAGGUGUUGAGGGAAGGGUUGUGGGCUGAUUUGGGGACCGGGAGCGGAGCGCUUGCGGUUGGGAUUGGGAGAAUUUUGGGUUCUUGUGGAGGAGUCAUUGCCACUGAUUUAAGCCCUGUUUCUGUGGCAGUUGCUUCUUAUAAUGUGCAGAGGUACUCUUUGCAGGAUAGAGUUGCAAUAAAGCAAGGAUCUUGGUUUGAACCUCUGAAGGAUGAUGAAGGAAAAUUUGCCGGAAUUGUUAGUAAUCCUCCAUAUAUUCCCAGUGAAGAUAUUGGACGACUACAAGCUGAAGUAGGUAGACACGAACCAAAACUUGCGCUUGAUGGUGGUGCUGAUGGCAUGGAUGACCUUCUCCAUAUAUGUAAUGGCGCUGCUUCUAUGCUAAGACCUGGUGGAUUUUUCGCUUUUGAGACAAAUGGUGAAAAACAGAGCAACUUUCUCGUGGACUGCAUAGGAAGUCAAUCAGAAGGGAGAUUCUGUGAUGUUAAAGUUGUAUCAGAUUUUGCGGGGAUCAAGAGAUUUGUGACUGGCUAUAGAGCAGGAUAAGUUUUGAUACAAGCACUUGUCUGUGAUAAGUUUCUAGGAUCUUUUUAUUGAAAGCCUGUUCAGAUAACUUUGAUCCGUGUGAAUAGGACCAUGUUUAGCGUCUACCCAUUUAAUGAUUUCAUUUCGAAGUUGACUUGGAAUCACUUUGGCUCAUUAGUUCUCUAAGCAAAGUUAUGCUCA